AUGCACAUUGAGAAGAAUGUUUGCGAUAGUAUCAUUGGUACAUUGCUGGAGAUCCCUGGAAAAAAUAAAGAUGGGAUUGCUGCUCGAUUAGAUUUAUUGAACAUGGGGGUCAAAACUGAUUUGCAACCCGAGUAUGGAGAAAGACGUACUCGUUUGCCUCCCGGGCCUUGGAAUUUGUCAAGAGCAGAGAAGAGAGAGGUUUGCAAUUCUUUCUAUGGUAUGAAGGUCCCUGAAGGUUAUUCUUCAAAUAUAAAAAAUCUUGUAUCUUUACAAGAUUCAAGACUUCUUGGCCUUAAAUCACAUGAUUGUCAUACCUUAAUGCAACAAUUUGCUCCCUGUGGCAAUUCGUUCUGUUUUGGAGAAGCCUGCAAGUUGGAGUGCCUUCAAGCCAAAAAGAUGGGAGUUUCAAAGCCAUUAUCAGGUUGCACAGUGAGCGUAGUUGAUCGGGACCUGUUGAACCAAGCACAUCUAUAUGUCUUGGAGAAUACGGAGGAAGUCCUACCUUAUAUCGAGCAACAUAUGAUCCACAUCCAGACCGCUUAUCCAAAAUUUAGAAAGAGAACAAAGUGGCUGCAGGAUAAGCACAAUAGCACUUUCAUUCAAUGGUACGCUUCAAGGUUCAAAGUGAACUUAAUGAGGAAGACAAUCAUGGCGUAUCAGAAAAUUUAA